CUCCCAACACUGGUUAAAUCUCACCCGAACAUUAUCCGGAAGGAGGCGAAGAAAAUCCAUCCAAAUCGGAAAUCGUCGUCCCAUUCAUUUGUCAACGGACUGUCGAGUAGAACCCUUGCUUCCGGCCGCAUGUCGUACGAUAUGGGGUUCAUAUUCCUUGGCAUCACAGCACUGAUUGCAUCCGUGUGUGUGGUGCCUCCUCUGGCCAAGGCCGUCAUCGCCCCACUGCUCAGCUCUGCGGUCGCGAGCGGUGCAAAGACCUACGUCGAAGCGUUCAUCAAAGUCUUUUACAACGUGCUCGAGGGAACAAUCACGGUGGAGAACAUCUCAGUGCAACCGAGCUACCUCUACUCCAUGCGCUUCUCCCUCCCUGGUCCCGUUGAGGUGACAAAGGUGACGAUCGCCAAGUUGCGGCUGCAAAUGCCUGCCCUGCUGGGAGCCAACGGUGUCUAUUCGUACCGCAUGCCUAUCCAAAUCACGGACUUUCACGUUGAAGGCAAGAUCGACGAUUCAUUUGAGAAAGACCGCGAGGAGUAUUUCAAACGCGCGAUCGAGAACAAGCUGUCUGAGGCCAACAACGCCACGAAGCUCGUCCUCGAGUACAUCAGUCGUUUCCAACCGACAGAUCCCCGCGUUCCCCCGACUUGGACCCAGAAAUUGACGCGUUCGAUCGUGGAAACCAUGGAACUGUCUGUGAACAAGCUGACGUUUUCGUUUGUCGGCAACGAACCUGCGACACCAGCGACCACAUUCAAACUUGUGACAGAUCAUUGGGCCGUCCGGUGCACACCCAACGAAGACACGCUCAAGACCGACCGCAUGAUGGUGUUCCAGAACCUCGGGAUUGCGAUCGGCGACACUCGCGUGAUCAGCUUCCCCACCCUCAAGCUGGACCUGAACAUGCCAGACGUGUACGAAGUCAUGUACUCGUCUCGGCCCCUGCCGCAGAAGAUUUUGGGCGUCAAGUUCGACCCUCCAUCGAUGCUCAUGACGCUGAGCCCGGACCUGUACACGUCGUUGAUGCGCUUCUACAUUUGCUACUCGAAGUAUUGCUCGCUUCUGGACGAAUUGGAGGCCAAGCAAGCCGACGCGUCGCUGCCAAGUCUCUCGACCGAAGACACCCUCCGCUACCACGAAGCUUUCAAGUGGGACCCCAAUGCGAAUGCACCCGCGCCAAGCGACGUCGUCACAGAGCUGGAAAAGUCGCUGACGUUGUCUGCGAUACUGCAUCUGCGUCAAACCGUGAUGAAGUGGGGCGUGGCGCUGCGGGCCGCGGGCCAAGACGCUGUGGACUUCGACGUGCUCCACCAGAACCUGGCAACCGACGCCGCGUCUUUCCGAGGCAAGGACGUUGCUGUCCAAGUGGACCAGUGGGGUAUCAAGUUUUACGACGGCACCGACUCGAUCGAGCCCAUCGGCGACCUCGUCAUGAGCAACGUGUACGUGACCGUCAAGACCCGACUGGUGGACGACCUGAGCACGGAACUCACGUACGGCGUGCGCAACCUCCAGCUCAUGACGGCCUGCCCGUCCAUGGAGUGCCAGCGCUCCCAGCUGAUUUCCCACGCCACGGUGCAGCCGCUCUUGUUUGGGCACUUAAAGCAGUUCAAGAGUGGCCACAUGGACGUGGACCUCAACUUGGAAAACAUGGCGCUGUACGCCGCCAAGGACCCGCUCGAACACUUUUUGCUGUACCUGGACCGACUGCAGAUGGGCGCCCAGGCGGCCAAGACGGCGGCGCAAAGCACGACCGCGUCGCCUUCCACGGCCGUCGUGGCGUCGGUAUACCACGCGGUUCCGUCCAACCUUGGCGACGUCGGCUCGUGCUCGCUGCUCAGCGGUGCGCUGUACGACAUCAACGUUCGCGUGAUGGACCUGAGCAUCUUCCUCAUCCCGCCGGUGGUGGAGCACACGGGGUCGCUGCUGGAAUGCACGCUCACGGUGGUGCUAGACAUUGACAGCGACCUCACGCACGAGCGCAUUUCCGUGGCCAUUUCCGACACGGCGUUGUCGCCUCGGCUGUACCAGGCCCCCGAAGAAACCACGGGGUUCCCCACCAUCUUUGCGCCGCCGUCAGCCGAAUCCCUCUUGACCCCCAUGACCAUCAUGACGGACUACCAGCUCAAACUGCUCACGGACGACGAAAAGCGAACGCAAGCGGUGGGCCAAGACUUGACCCGUCCCCAAUUCAAGCAAGGGCUGGGCGUGAAGAUUCCAGACAUUUCGCUGUCGUUUUCCCAGCUGAAUUUUGCCAUCUUUUGGAGUGCGCUGACAAACCUGAGCCAGAUCGAAACCACGACGGCGGAACAGCGCCAUAAGCGCUUGGAAAUUGAAUCAGCCGCGCGGGAAGCCGAGUUGGAGCUCCAGAUCAAGAAACGACUGGACCAUGCCCAGAUGCAGUUUGAAGAAAUCGACGUGGACGGCACCAAGAGCAUCGAAGUGGACGAGCUGCAGCUGCUGCUCCAGCGAGCGAUCGUCCACGACCAGCUGCUUCUGACGGAGCUGCGGGAGCUCAGCACGACUAUCUUCAAUCACAUCGACAAGGACGGCAGCGGCACCAUCGACUUCGAUGAGUUCAGGCACUUUCUGGUCGAAACCAUGAACGUCGAGUACGUCCGCGGCUACUUGGACUUGUUUGCUGGCGAGUUCGACUGCGUGGACACUGUGCAGGCUCGCUUUGGCAAGAUCAUGCCCUUUGAGCAGCGCGACUCGAUCAUCGACUGGCACGGGUACUUUUUGCGAGUAGUGAAGGACAACCCCGAUGCGUUUUGGGCCGUGUACACGUCGGAAACUGGCGCCACCAAGACAUCAUGCAACAACCAACCGCCCCAGCUACUGCAAAAGAAGCUGGUGCGACUGCUGCAGAACUUUGACGCUGCCCAGCAGUGCUGGCAAGUGAUUAUCCAGCCCCAGCUCACGGACGAAGGCGACGUGGCGUGGAGUGUGAAGCGCGACAUGCUCACGGGGGGGUUGGUCGAAUUUGAGUCUGCCGGCAAGUUGAUGAUGAACCAAGAGCCCAAACAUGAAGAAACCAGUUCGCAGGUGGUCGUGGAAGCGGCACUGGCGCGGUUGAUUGUGGCCACCAACAUGAGUCUGGGCAACUUGCGCGUUGAAAUGGUGGACGCUAGCUUGCCCAUCGAAGCUCGCCGCGCCAAGUUUGUCGUGGACAGAGUGACAUGUCAAUUCAAUAUGGCGUCGGACAUUGGAGCGAAAGUGUACGAUGUGAACGCGGUGUCUUCAGAAUGGGCUGGGACGAUGGGGUUCCAUGUCUCGGCCGAGUGCUACAGUGAUCUGUCGUGUGCGAUGGAGUACAUUAUUGAGCCGUGGGUGUUUUCGAUGGGGGCGUUGAGCAAGAAAGGCGCCGAGGGCUUUCACUACUGGGGAGAAGCGGAAAAGCUGUUUCAAGUCAACAUGUCGGCGUCCCUGCUGCAAUUGCUCAAGAUCUUGCCGGAAAUCAUGUCUGGGACGCUGGUGAUUGAAGACACCCCCAAGGUGCAAAAGCGCCAGGGCCAGCUCCCGUUCCAAAUCACAAACUCGACCGGCGUCGAGCUAGCGUUUGGCUCGGACGACAAGGAGAUCGUGUUGACCCCUCGGUCCGUCACCCCCAUCGAGUGGCCGUCCCGCGACAACUGCCGACUGGCCAUCCCUGGCUGGGGCUCCAAGGCGGAUAUCUCGCUGCCGCGUUUCGGUCCGCAGGAGAUUUCCGUGACGGACCCUUCCACGUCCCGGUCCAUCUCACUCAUCGCCAACUGCCGCUUCGACGACCCGAACGACGGCUCGGUCACGUUAAAGUCGAACGUGUACCUGUCCAACCAAAGCCUGCUGGACGUGCAGCUCAAGUGUCUGAUCCACAUGGCGGGGUUCGCCGCUUUCAACGACGAAGUGCGCACGGUUGCUGCCGGCGACCGCGUGGCGCUGCCGAUCUCCGUGUUUAUGGGCGACACGGAGCUGUUUGUGCGUCCGGUGGUGGGGGACGAGUGGACGACCAACGUGACGCUGACCAACGACAUGCUUCUGGACGCCGACUCGUCGGAUCGGGCCAUCACUAAGAGCACGUCGACGUCUUCGCUUCGAAAAGGCACGAUCGUGCCCAUCCAGGACCAGCGCCGGUCGUCCAAACUGGUGAAAGCACUCACAUCUUGCAUCCAUUUAUACCGCCACGUGAUGGCCGACAACAUGAUUCAGUGGGAAAUCGCCGUGUACGCGCCGCUUGUGGUCCAGAACGCACUGCCGUACGACCUCGAGUACGUGAUCUUCGAGUACCGCGCCAAGUGCGACAUGGCCACGAUCGAAAAGACGCUGUACGAGGCGUCGCCGCCGUUCCGGGUCAAGUCGGGGUGCUACGCCGACGUGUCGGGGGUGACCGGCAACAAGCCGGGGUACUUGGCCUUCCGCCUGGUACACAAGGACACGACGUCUAGGUGGUCCAAGGCCCUGCUCAUGGACAUGAAGCCCCAGGGGGGAGUGGAGAAGUUCACGACGGCCCUGGAAAAGUGCGAGUUGGAGGCGCAUUUGACAGUGAACCUUCAGCGCAUGAGCCUGCCGGACAAGCCCCGCGUGGUGAAAUUCUCUGCGCCGUACUGGGUGUACAACAAGACUGCGCUCGGGCUCGAGUUCCGCCUCCCGGACGACGAAGGCAGCAAAGUGCCGGCGACCGUGACCGUCCAUCCCGUGUUCAACGACCCCAUCCUGCUCUCGAUGCCGAAGAACCGCUUGAGCUUCCGACCCGUGACUGGCGCCGGCGCCGUGCUGCCUCCGUCGUGGGAGUCGCUGCACUCGACCGACCACCGCCCCCCGACGGUGUUUUCGCAGCUGACGUCGCCGUGCCCGUGGUCAGACCCGACCAACGUGUCGGCCGUGCAAACCAACGGCGAAAUCUGCUGCGGAUCGCACGUGAUUGGCCUAGACAUUGCGGGUCUGAUGGGGUUUUUCGACGGGUCCAUUGCGCUGUCGCUCAGUCCUCGCUUCAUCGUGCAGAACAACACGCCGUUCGACAUUCAGUUUCGGUCGUUUGCCACGAGCGAUAGCGACCAAAUCCUGAGCGACAAGCACCUGUCGUCGCUAGAUGUGUUCCCGCUCCAGAGCCACACCAACGGCGCCGUGUUCCCGUUCAAGCAGCUCAACAAGGAACCUCUGACCAAGUGCCACAAGUACCUGAGCUUGGCCAUGCACGGCAGCGCCGUCUGGUCGUCUGUGAUCUCGGUCAACAUUGUCGGCGACGUGUACUUUCCGCUCAAGUGCACCACCCGCAAGCGGGAGUACAUUGUCAAGGCCGCCAUCCAAAUGCUGGGGACGCAUGUAUAUGUGGUCUUGAGUGACGCAUCUAGCACGCCUCCGUACCGCGUCGAGAACUUCUCCAUGUUCCCCGUGACCCUUCGCCAAGCCGAGCAAAAGCAGGGCGGCGUGACGCUGGACCGAGGACAGCGGUACGACUUUGCGUGGGACUUGGCGUUUGUGAACGACCACAAGCUGGAGGUGGUGAUCCAGAACCAAAAGUACACUGUCGACAUUGACUCUGUGGGUCGAGUCAAGUCGACCAACUUGCUCCAGGGCAUGCUGGACGGCCAGUCCAAGUGCCGCCUCGAAGUGGUUCCCGUGGGCACCACCCGCGUCUUGCGCAUCAUUGACGCCAAGCUGCAGCAACUGGAUGCGCUGCGGAAGCAAGUCCCUUCGAACGUGGCGCGGACGACGUCCUGGCACGCCACCUCGAUCGACGUGCGCCUCGCCGGGUUUGGUCUGAGUGUCCUCGACGGCUACCCCCAGGAAGUGCUGUACUUUUCGAUGGAGAACAUUCAAGUGCGUACGAAACCGCAGUCGCUGGAGUGGGAAGUGUCGAUUUUCCACUUUCAGGUCGACAAUAUGCUCGCGGGCGCCACGUUCCCCGUGGUGCUGAGCCCCGUGAACAGCGGAUUCAACGGUGACGACGUGCCGUGCUUCAAGUUGGUGCUGGAGCGCAUCGAGAGCUUGUCGGAUGCGUAUGGCAUCCUGAAACUGAUGGACAUUUCGCUGCAGCCCCUGUCUGUGAAGCUCGAGCUCGAGUACCUGUUCAAGCUGCUUGCCUUGUUGGAACCGGUGCUCAUGUCUGGGUCGCAAGUGGUUUCCCACGAGAAACUCGCGUUGGAAUUGAGCACCAAGCCGUUGACUGCGCCCGAGCCGGUGGUGGCCAAAUCAUCGGAUUUGCUCUACUUUGAAAAGUUUACGAUCCAAGAAAUGGAGUUCAAGCUCGAGAUGCAAAUCCAAAAGGACGACCUCACGCGCCCGAUCCAGUCCCGCUCGUGGCUGAUCAACGCCCUGAACCAGUUGGUGGGUAUCUUGGGCUCCAAGAUCAGCGGAUCGCCCACGUUUCGCUUUGCCCCGAUCACAAAGCGCCACUGUUUCACGACCCAGUCGAGGUUGCAGUCGCAGCUGAUCCAAAACUAUACCCGCGAAGUGGUGGUUCAAGCGUACAAGCUGGUCGGGUCGAUGGAUUUGCUGGGCAACCCCGUGGGGCUAGUGGGGGAUUUGGGCAGCGGCAUCAUUUCGUUCUUUAAAGUCACGGGCGACGAACUGACGGGCGAUUCCAAGACCCGCGGCGAAGGGGUCAAGAUCCUCGGCAAGACGGUGGCGACGUCUGCGACAGGGUUUGUGUCCAAAGUGACGGGCAGUCUGGACAAGUUUAUGGACGAAGUGUCGGACGUGACGGACACGCGGCAGACGUACACGUCGUCGGACAAGAAGGACCACGACAACAUCCUGGACGGCAGCAUCAACUUUGCCAAGAACUUUGGCAAGGGCGUGGCGGGGGUGUUUACGAAACCCAUCGAAGGCGCCAUCUCGGGCGGCGUGGGCGGGCUGGUGCAGGGCACGGUCCAGGGGCUGGCGGGGCCCAUGGUGGUGGUGCUCAAGGGCGUGACCCAGACCACCCACGCGUUGGCCCAGGAGGCGUCCGACAACCUGGAGGACUCUGUGCCGUUUCAAGGACGACGGCGCAAGGAACUCAAGUUUGAGGAUAAGAAGCUCGUCCCCCGCACCGAAACCACGCAGCUGGAGCUGGAGAUCAUUUCCGCCAGCGGACUGCUGGCCGCGAACGCCGGCAAGUGCAACGCCGUGUGCUACGUGUACCUGGACGACGUCAAGGUGUUUCACACGAAAGUGCUGUUUGGGUCGAGCAAUCCAGAAUGGCACGCCAAGUUCCGCGCCGAACUCAAGCCCCAGACGAAGAAGAUCAAGUUUGUGGUCAAAGACAACUUUACGUCGUUUGAAGAAGAGAUUGGCAAGCUGGAAAUGACGCUGCUCGAGUUCCAGCAGGAUUUUACCCCUCCGAAAGCGGCGUCUCCGCUGAGCCAGUGGGUGACUCAAAACGUGUCCACCCCCACGGCGUCUAACGUGGACAAACACUUUGGAGUGGAUCCGUCGGUCAUCUCGGUGGACGUGCCGCGGAUCGAGCGCGAGUAUUUCCUGCAGGCCAAGACGUCGCGGGCGUCCAAGAACCUCCAGGUGAUGGUGACGAUCCAGGAAGUGUCGGAGCUGACGCCGCUGCGCAACUUGUUUGGACGGAACGCCAACAUCACGCCGUUCGUGGCCGUGGACAUUGGGGGCAAAGUGCAGAAGACGUCGGCCAAGACGGGCACCCACGUCUCGUACAAGGAGACGUUUACGUUCGAGUGGAAGCCCGACACGUCGCGGUGCCUCGUGACAGUGUUCGACAAGAGCAUGCUCUCGGACGACCUCGUGGGCUCGGCCUUCUUGCCGCUGGACAUCAACACCCCUGUCAUGGAGACGGUGCUGGAGAUGCAGGCGGGGCCGAAGAAGGUGGUGAAUGGCAAGGUGGCCGUCAAGUACGAGAUUGUGGGGCUGCCCACCCCCGACACCCCCAAUGCCAACAUGGACCGCCGAAACAGCGGACGCACUGCCGGCCGACUCAAGUUGUAUGCCAAAGUCGCGUAAAUGCAUGUCGUAAUUAACAGUCUCAUGGACAAAUUCAUGGAAGUACUAACUUAUCUGAAAC